GCAUAUACACGCUAAAUUAUUAGAAUAUCACACGUCCCUCUUUCCGUGAUUUCACAGGUACAAACUAGAAAGAUAGGAAAAACCUUUAUCUUUCUCAUUCUCAACGAUAAAUACUAACUACCUCUCUGUGUUUCUCUUCGUCUGGUGUUUUGCAUUUGCAUUUCUUACACGACAUCACGUGACGACACCACAUAACACAAUCUUAACUUUAUAACUGUUGAGCAUCUCAAAGCUUUUGAAGAUUCCGGAGCAAAAGUACAGAUACUGUUUGAGAGGUUAUUGUUGUCUUUGAGGAGCUGGCUCUGUUCUACUUUACAAGGUUCGUCUUUUCUGCACCAAUGCUACCAAUUCUCGCCGCAAUUUGCGUGUGGCUGUGCCUGCUUUAGAAUCAUGAGCAGGAGGAGGCAUUAGGGUGUGUAUCCCUUUUGACUUGUGUUUCAAUCAUUCCAGUCUUGUAUUCAUUUAGCCACUUCAUUCUUCUUCUUCUUAUUGUAUCUCAGAGGUGUAUAUAGUUUAAAGUUUUUAUCAAGUUAUUAUCUUAUUUUCAUUCUUUCAUUUGGGAUUUCAUGAGAUGAAUGUUUGACACAUUUAUUUGCUUUUUUUAUUAUUGUUCUUCAACUGGGUAUAGGCCUGUUUGGAGAAGAAGAUAUUGUGGACUGUGGACACACAGAACUCUGGCCAACUCUCUAGAGAUAUCUUCACAAACCGGAAUAGGCUUUGGUCUUUUUCUUUCUGGUUUUCUGAUUUGCUCAGAGAGAGCGUUUUCUCUUCUCCAGCGCCUUCCCAUUGAUUAUGGCUAACAUUUGGUUCAAUGUGAUUGCUGAACUACCAAUGUGUUUUUUUGUAUUGUUGUGAAAGGAAGAAAAUUGUGGAUUUAUGUACAAAGCUGUCUAGGAUUGCUUAUAAGAAAGUGCAACCGACUCAAAAGCCAUAGAGACGAUAAAAUUGAAGGAUUGGAACAAGCCUUAUCUUUUGGUGGCAAUCAUGGCUAUGUGCUUCUCUAUUUUGACUGUAAGGAAGGAGAAAUACAAGGGAAGUGGAAGGUCUUCAAAGGAAGACUUUAGCACUCUACUUGCCAAACUACAAUCUUCAAAAAUGGCAUCAGUGCCAACCACUUUUGAUGCCACAUUAUCCAAUGGUAUUCCCAAAAAUUCAAGUUUCAAUUCGGGGGUUAUGAGUCCUGAUACUUGUGUGGAGGCUGAAGUACAGGAGGCUUAUGAACGGAAAGAUGAGGAUGAAGAUUCACCGAAGAUCAAGAGGGAAAUCUCUGAUUUUCAUCUCCAGGAUCACGAAGCUGUUGCAGACAAAGGAUAUGGUGGAACUGAUAAAGAAAUAGAGUAUCCUAUUUUGUAUGAAAAUCAAGUCAACGAAGAAUCGGAUGACAGAACCGACAAAUACAGCCAAAAGAGUGUUGAAACAACCGAAAGUGGACUCGUCAGUGAUCCUGGGAUUCGCAAAGCUAAUUUGUGGACUUCUGCAAAGUUCAAGAGACACUUCUCUAACCUUGAAAAGUUUGAUGAGCAUGUGAAGAGUCACUGCAGUGCUGAUAAAGUAGUGCUGAAAAGGCAUUCUUCAAGUCAGUUACUUCCUUCUGGAAAGAAAAAAUUGUGGUGGAAAAUGAUCCUGCGGAGCCACAGGAACAUACACAGAGCUUUCUCAGGCAAUUCAACGGUGGUUCCUGCCAGUGCUGCAUUAAAUAGUGGGUACUCUUCAGACACCCUUGAACCAAAACAAGGAAAGACAAUGAGGCCUGUCAAAUCCUCUGGUUCAAUUACUGCAGAAUCCUUUAACAAAAGAAGAACUGAUAAAAGUACAGAUAAUAAAAAGGGGAGAAGGUUUCAAAGUGACCAAUGGCUUGCUCUCUCCAAAGAAUCAUCUUCUUUUGCCAGAGUGGAUGCAUGGCUGAAAGGUCUUGAAAUUCAGCAACUACUUCCUGAGGACGAUUUUGAUGUUGACAAUGGCAGAAGCAUAACCUUCCCACCUUCCCCUGAUACUGGUGGAACAAUGAUGAGAGCCACAUCUCAGUUGACUUAUGCAGAUGCCAAUUUUUCAAAAGAGACUUUAACUGCCAUUAGUGUAGUCCAGUCUCUAAAUCCAGCUUCAUCUAUUGCUCACAUAUGUGGUAUUGGUGUAAAAGCCAUCCCUGCUAUCUCACACUUAUCCAAUCUCCGCUCCGUCAACCUGUCAAACAAUUUCAUAGCUCACAUCUCACCAGGAUUUCUACCAAAGGGUAUUCAAACACUUAACUUGUCAAGAAACAAGAUCAGCACUCUUGACGGCCUCAGAGAAUUGACCAAGUUGCGGGUAAUUGACCUGAGUUACAACCGCAUCUCGAGAAUUGGACAAGGUUUGUCAAGUUGCACACUUGUCAAAGAACUAUAUCUUGCGGGGAACAAGAUAAGUGAUGCUGAAGGGCUACACAGGCUAUUGAAGCUAACAGUUCUAGAUUUGAGCUUCAACAAGAUCACAACAACAAAAGCAUUAGGCCAGCUAGUAGCUAACUACAACUCACUUAAGGCACUUAAUCUGCUGGGAAAUCCAAUUGAAAGAAACAUCAGCUACGGCCAGCUAACUAAAGCAGUCUCUGGUCUUCUUCCAAAGUUGGUGUACCUGAACAAGCAACCACUCAAGGCUCAAAGGACACGCGAAAUAUUAAGUGACAGUGUUGCCAGAGCUGCCCUUGGGAACAGCACGCGAAGCUGUGACAAAAGAUCAAUAAGAAAACUUACUCAUGGAGGAUCAACUCUUUCCAAUGGAUAUAGAAGAAGUGCAAGUGCUUCCCACAAAAGCACGAACCGAACAAGUAGAUCAAAAAUCGGUUUUUAGUGCUUUUAGAAGGAACAACUCAAUGGGACAUGUUUUUCAUAUGGUUCUUUUCUUUGCAAUGUUACACCAGACGAAAAUGUGCUAUAGGUGUUGCUGCCUCUUGAUUUGUUUUUUUUUUUGAUAAAAUGAUCCAUAAUCAUGUAGUGGCAUCAAGCCCAAAGGGCUCUAAAAUGAGAGAGUGUGUCAGACUUAUAUGUGAAAGCCAUUAUUUGCUUUCAUCCUACAGUCUGAACUUUUGAAAUGUUUUUUGAUUGUAACAUUGUCAAGUUUUGAAGUCAUGGACUCUUCUUUGUCUCCAACUUUGGUUUGUGGAACUUGAUAUGAUAUAUGAUCAUCUGGGUUUCAGAAA